AUGGACUUCAAGACAAAUCCAACUCGUUGUUUCCACGACGUCAAUGUUUCAAACGAUGUUAAUCUUGACAAUGGUUCCAAAGAUCUGAAUGAUGCCAACAAUGUUUGCGAUUUCGUCGCUGAGUCAACGCCGAGAAGCGUCAACGUUCAAAAGAAGAGCUCUUCACUCGGUUUCCACGUCCAAAAGAAGCCAUUGGAAUGCACGCAUAUCUCAUGA